GAAGUUUGCACGGAAAGCGUGUAUAAGGGGGAUCCAUUGCGCUGCCACUCCCAUUUUUCUCCUUUCUUCAGUGUAUGAAUGCUUGAAUUUUUGUCCGCAGAAAGUGCUUUGGCUAAUUAUUAUUUUCUUUGGUUUCAUUACCAACGCCUUCCGCGUUAUUCCUUCUGGAAAGGCUUUAAACCUUGUUUACUGCUUUCUAUUCUCUUUCUUUCUAAACUGCUUAAUUGGACCCUCUGGUGCAACUUAAUUAAACACAUCCAUCAUCUACAAUAUCAGAUUAUCUUUCUUCUCCAAGUUUUCAUCUCAAAUAUCAGAUUUGCUUUAAUUAUAGCUCUGGUGCAUUCAGAGGUAUGGACUCCAUUGAGUUCUUUCAAGUUUUCAUCAUAAUUAUCAUAAUCAUCAUACUCAUCAUGACUCUGUUCUGCAUGUACUUCAGAUCAUUAACAUCUUCUUCUUCUUCCACUUCUUCUGUUGCUGCUGUUGAUACUGAUAUCCCCCCUCUUCAAGAAAAGUAUGAUGUGUUUAUCAGCUUCAGAGGUGAUGAAACACGCGAUUCUUUUACCAGCCAUCUUCACAAGGCUUUACUUCGGAAGAACAUUGAUACCUACAUGGAUGACAGACUUGAGAAAGGAGACGACAUUGAACCUGCCCUUCUAGAAGCAAUCGAGAGAUCGAAAAUUGCACUAGUCAUUUUCUCAAAAGACUAUGCUUCUUCCACUUGGUGUUUGAAAGAACUUGUGCAUAUACUUGGAUGCAAGAAAAACCAUGGACAGAUUGUUAUACCCAUUUUUUAUCGCAUAGAUCCGUCACAUGUACGAAAACAAAAGGGAACUUAUGCACUUGAAGGUCGUGAACUUAAGAAACGAUUGAAGGGCAGUAGGCAUGUGGUGGCCAACUGGAGGGCUGCUUUGAAGGAAGCAGCCAAUAUUCUGGGUUUUAUGAUUCAAGAAAAACAGGGAGGACAGAGGCCGAUUUUAUUGAGGAAGUUGUUCAAGAUGUUUUGACAAAAUUGAAUAUGUCUACCGAACCCAAGAAUAAUACUGAGAGAGGUGAGGCCCAAAGAGGCGAUGCCUUCAACAUUUCUGGGAAUACAAUUGAGGGGAGCAAUUCAGGUAGGGUAGGAGUUUUCGAGUUUGGCAACAAAAACGUCUAUAAAGGCCACAAGAAAGAAAAACAAGUCGACUCAUGUAGUGGAGAAACCGACACGGCCUCCGGCGGUGAAAACGAAAAGUGAACUCAGGUGAUCUGUAGUCUGUAGGCCUCUUUAUGUAUAUGCACCAUUUCUUACGUAAUUUGAUUAUCAAGAUUGAAUGUUAUCCUUUAGUUUUGAGUUGGUUUCCUUUGUCAGAUUCCUUCGUGUAGUUCUACUAUCUAUCGAUUAUGUGCAGCGAUCAGUGAUCCAUGAUGAUUGAUGACUAUCAUAGACAGGCAAUAAGGUCCCCAUGAUUGAUGAAAUUGUUUCUUCACCAAAGGUGUAUUUCCUUCUUGUGGAUGAAAUGAAUGUAAGCUUAAUUAAGGGCUUCACACUCAA